UAGGUUCACCAUCACAGUCCUAGGGUCAUGGGAUCACUUUUUGUAACCUUCUCACAAGCGAAGUCAAUGGAGAAGGCAGACCACUUAACAAAUCUCUAGGCUAACGAUCCUCGCUCCUCCGUUUCAGCUAGGAAAAAAAUAUGGUCCUGUCUUCAGUCUUUAUGUUGGAAGGACUCCUCUGGUCUUGACUUACGGAUUUCCUUCAGCGGGUUCUUGUGAUACAAGGCAUAGAAUUUGCUGGGAAAGCAUCCUUUCCAAUAAUGGAUGCCUUCAGUAGGAAGAAAGGAUUGAACUCACAACCUCCUGAUUGCAAGGCGAGAACUCCACCUCUAUGCCACCACACCACUCAAAUUGUGGUCCAAUCUCUUCUUAAAAACUCCCAAUGUUGGCGCACCCACAAUAUCUGGGGUUUGCUGGUAUUAACAUAUGGUGAACUUUGGAAGGGUCAAAGAAAGUUUUCACACAGGCUUUUCAGGAACUUUAGAUGGAGCAAAAAAUCAGUGGAAGAAGUGAUCCUGGAAGAAACAUCUGAUUUGAUUCAAGCAUUCACUGAUAACAGAGGCGUUCCUCUCGAUACUUAUGAGUUUCUGGACACCACAGUCGCCAAUAUAAUUUGCACCAUCCUAUUUGGGAAACGUUGGGAAUAUGGCAACGACUUCUUCAGGACUUUCCUGGAUCAGAUACAUCUAACUUCCAAAUUGGCGACAGGACCCUGGGCCUUGCUUUACAACGAGGUGCCCUUGGUAAGAAGUCUCCCCUUGCCCCACCAGACAAUACUAAGAACUACAGAGAAAAUAUAUGUUUUUAUUCAAAAAGAGGUGGAAGAACACAAGGCGACCUUGACUCCGGGAGAACCUCGUGAUUUCACUGAUGCCUACUUAGAAGAAAUUCAGAAGCCAGGGAAGAAAAGUUCAGGCUUUGAAGAAGAGCAAUUACGAGUCUUAUUGUCUGAUCUAUUUCUGGCUGGAGCAGAGACAACGGCCGCAACACUUCAGUGGACAAUGCUCUAUUUGGUGGCCUUUCCAGAGAUUCAAGAGAAAUGCUGGAAGGAAAUAGACACGGUGGUGGGAAACAAGGCAAUCGUGGAGUAUGCAGACAGAAAAAAGUUGCCCUACACCAACGCCGUCAUUCAUGAAAUCCAACGCGUUUCAAAUGUUCUUUUUGCAAUUACUCAUGCCACCAUAAAAGAUGUGCAGCUUUUUGGAUAUAAAAUUCCCAAGGACACUAUGGUUUUGGUCAACUUGCACUCUGCCCAUCAUGAUGAAUCCCAGUGGAAGUUUCCCAAUGAGUUCAACCCCUCCAACUUCCUGAAUGAGAAGCCAGAAGCUUUUUUAGCAUUUUCAGCAGGACCGAGAGUCUGCAUAGGGGAAAACCUGGCUCGGAUGGAGUUCUUCCUCUUCUUCACCAGCAUUCUCAGGAACUUCCAGCUAUUGUGGCCAGAUAAAUCUCAAGCUCCAGAUUUCACACCACAUUCUGGGGUUGCACAAUGCCCAUCCCGCUUUAAGGUGUUGCUGAAAAGUCGCUAGCCCUAUGAGUAGAUGUAAGGGAGGAUCUACAAAACAACUGAUUCAAGAUGAUCCCAUUCUCUCCAACAGCCAGUGGCCACCUCUACUUCAAAUUCAGCACAAGAUCAUUUUCUAAAAACAUAAAUAAAAUGCUAUCCCAUGCAAAACUA